AUGGCCAUUUCAGACAUCCUGAACCGCCGUGUGCGGGCAAGGCCAGAUGAUGAAGAUGAUGUCUAUUCCUCAGGAUCUGGCGAAGAAGUCUCCCAAGACGAGAACGAAGUCGAAGAGGAUGUUGAUUCGGACGAUCAGUCACAAGAGGAGGAUGGUUCGGAUUCCAACGGUGAAGGUGACGAAGACGAAGAUGAGGGCUCCGAUGACGCCUCCGAGGGAGAAAGUUCCGACAAAAAUGACAAUAAAGAUGAUUUCCAGGCAUCCCUCAGCAACAUCUCAUUCGGGGCUUUAGCCAAAGCUCAGGCGUCUCUGGGCCCUAAAAAGCGAAAGGAGAAAUCCGAGGACUCCACAAACGCCUCCCCGCUCGACGACAUCCGCGCGAAGAUCCGCGAAGCGCGCGAACAGAAACGGGAAGCCGAGGGCAAGGCCCUUGGAUCUAAGGACAAGAAAGACAAGGAGUCUCGCAAAUCCAAGCACGCACCUAUGGAACAAUCAUCUAAGCGUGCUGUCACUAGAAAACGCACGGUUGUGGAGCCUCCGGCCGUUGCUAAAGCUCGUGAUCCGCGGUUCGAUGCGGCUGUUAUGGGCUACAGUGGAGCAGGACGGUACUCGGAAGGAACAAGCAAAGCCUACGCAUUCUUGGAUGAGUACCGGGCAUCCGAGCUGAAGGAUCUCAAGGAGCAAUUCAGCAGGACCAAGAAUCCGGCACAGAAGGAGGCGCUGAAGGCACAGAUUCGGUCUGCAACAGAUAGACUCAAAGCCGACGAGAGCAAGAAGCGAGAGCGGGAGAUCAUGGCAGAACACAAGAAGCAUGAGAAACAGUUGAUUCGUGAGGGCAAGAAGAGCAAUCCGUACUUCUUGAAGAAAUCGGAUCUGAAGAAACAGGUUCUGGAGAAGAAGUACGAGUCGAUGAAAUCAAAGGACCGGGCCAAGGCCAUGGAGCGUCGGCGCAAGAAGAUGGCCUCCAAGGAGCGCAAGGAGAUGCCCUUUGAACGCCGUGGAAUGGGCGGCGAUGACGAGCCUCCGAGUUUUGGCAAGCGUCGGCGACUUGCUUAA